AUGAUUAUCUUAUCGGUCGCCCACGGGUUAUGCGGCGGCGCCCACGCAUCUCCGGCGGCGACUUCCAUGGCUGCAACUGCGGGGAUCAAGCGAUUUGGGUCUGUGACCGGUAUGAUGUAUGCUUUCAUGAGGAUCGGAGCGACCUUGGAAUCACCUAUCUCAGGAGCCAUCUUUGGGCUCUAUUGGGCGUCACACAGGGUCAUUGUCUGGUAG